AUGUCGAGAGGAAACACGCCCGCGUACGUCCUCGGGGUCGGCUUGACCCAGUUCCUCAAGCCACGCCGGACGCGCGAGUAUCCGGAACUCGGCUAUGAAGCUGGUGUCAAGGCCAUGUUGGAUGCGAAGAUUAGCUUCGACGAUGUUGAGACGGGCGUGGCUUGCUACUGCUAUGGUGACACCACCAGCGGACAACGGGUCUUCUAUCAGUUCGGCAUGAAUGGCAUCCCUAUCUACAAUACCAACAAUGCCUGUGCCACUGGCUCAACCGGCCUACACCUCGCCCGGACCUUUGUCCGCAACGGUGCUGCCGACUGUGUCCUCGUCAUUGGCUUCGAGCAGAUGCGUCCUGGCAGCAUCAAGUCCGUCUGGGACGACCGUCCUUCUCCCAUGGGUCUCUCCACCGCCAUGAUGGAGGACACCAACGGCAAGCACAACACGCCUCGCAACGCCCAGUACUUCGGCAAUGCCGGCAAGGAGUACAUGGACAAGUACGGCGCCAAAGCUGAGGACUUUGCUGAGAUCGCCCGCAUUUCGCACGAGCAUUCGCAACGCAACCCCUACGCCCAGUUCCGGCAGAAGUACAGCUUGCAGGAGGUUCUGGACUCGCCUAUGAUCCACCCUCCGCUCACCAAGCUUCAAUGCUCGCCCACCUCGGAUGGUGCCGGUGCCGCCGUCAUCGUUUCGCAGUCCUUCCUCGACGCCCGCCCACACCUCAAGUCCCAGGCUGUCCUCAUGGCCGGGCAAGCGCUCAUGACCGACUCUCCACAACUCUUUUCCAAGAGCGCCAUCGACCUGAUCGGCUUCGACAUGACACGACGUGCCGCGCGCGCCGCCCUCCAAGAAGCGGGUGUAAGCCCCAAGCAAAUUCGUGUGGCCGAGGUGCACGACUGCUUCUCCACCAACGAGCUGUUGUUGCUUGACGGCCUCGAAUUCUGCCCGCCAGGCAAAGCUCAUGAGAUGGUGCGUGCCGGCGACAUCACGUACGGAGGCAAGGGUCCCAUCAUCAACCCCAGCGGCGGGCUGAUCAGCAAGGGCCACCCGCUGGGCGCGACGGGGUUGGCGCAGUGCGCGGAACUGGUAUGGCAGUUGAGAGGCUGGGCUAACAAUGGGCGCCUCGUUAAGGAUACGGAUGUGGCGUUGCAGCACAAUUUAGGCCUGGGCGGCGCCGUGGUGGUCACCGUCUACAAGAGGGCGGAUGGUCAGAAGAACGCCGAGGUCAGUGAUGCGGAGAUCAAGAAGGUCAGCGGUGUGGGCUAUAACCCGGCAGUGGAGGCCAGGUUUGUCACGCCGGAGCAGGGUGAGAAGGUUAGGAGUAAGCGGAAUGCGAAUGAGUAUGCGCUGGGAGACACAAGGGAGAAGUUGCAGGCUCGGCUGUGA